AACCCAUGCCAUCUAUGUCGUCCGCCCGUGUACGGUCUUGCCGCGGCGUGCCACAUCGCCUAAUCGAACGAGAUGCAUGCGGCGUCAAGCUCAGGCUAAAGUAGACUACGCGCACCAGCCUACAGCGGCCAAAAUACCGCACGCUUCAAUUCGCUCACCCUCAAAAUACCCUCCAUUCCGCAAAAUCUCGCACCAUGGAACCAAACAUGUCGCUCAUGUUCACCUCUUAUGGCUCAUGGCUCAUGUCGCAUGUCGCUCAGCUUCACAUCCAGCGAUAGCGUAUAGCGAGCGAACGCUGGCGUCGAGCACAUCGCACAUGCACAGGCAUGCAGGCAGCUUCAUAACGCUUCAUAAACCCCGUGCUGCCGUUCUCACCCCCCAUCCACCAUGCCCCGCAUACCCGACCCCGAAGCCGGCGCCUGCGACUUCGCGUCCGUCUUCGACUCGUCUCCGCCCACCUCGGCGCCGAGCCGCGCCAGCUCGCCCACACCAAGCGACACAUCCACUCUCUCACCGCUCACCGGCGCCGGGAUCGUAGCCCGCGCGGCCUUCCACCUCCUCACAUUCACCGCGGGGCUCUACCUCGCCUCGGGGGUAUUCACGUCCCUCGCCCCCCUGCUGGACGACACCUGGCUGUGGGCACCCGCAGUCUUCACCGGCAGUGCGCUCGCGACGCUCCUCGCGCCCUUCUGGGGCCUGCUGCUCCUGCACCUCUUCUCCGCCCUCUCCGCCCUCUGCGCCCUCCCCUCCUUCCUCCUCUCCUCCUCUUUCCGCCCCUCCGCCUCCGCCUCUCGCUCCCAUUCCUUUUCCGAAGACCCCGACGCCGCCCGCGCCAAAAUGGACGCCCACACCCGCAAAUGCCUCAUCUCCAUCGGCGUCGGCCUCGGCCUCGCCACCCUCCGCGUGCUGGUCGCCCUCGCAACCUUCGCCUCCACGCUCCCAUGCACGCGCGCCACCCUCUCCUGCGCCGCAGACGCCGCCCUCGCCCUCGCCCGCGACAUACAGAACGCAUGGGAACCCCUCGCCCCCGGCGUAGCCGCCACACUCGUGCCCCUCGCCGCGGCGUGGUGGUACACGGCGCACAAGCGGGACGUGGGCGGAUACGUGUUCACGGGGAUGCAAGCGGCGUCGGUCGCGCUCGCCCUCGUGAAUGUCUGGACGGUGCUGGCGCUCGGGCGGGUGGUGGGGGAUGUGCGGGCCGAGUUGGAGACAUGUCGUGGGCACUAGAGAUGGUAUUGGCAGGCAAUGAGAUACAUUCGUUGACGUGGCCGGAGCUGAGCAUGAGCUGGACGAGGUGCCGCCGACUAUGCGCCGCCACCGCGGCGUACGUCCAUGCCCGCGGGCUGGCGAUCGCGCACGGGGCGGCGGAUAUUCCGCCCGGCCAAUGAUUAUGGACGCGUUGGUCUGCCCACCACGGCGUCAGGUGACUGCAAUCUCGGCAAGCACAAUGAGGAUCGGUCAACUCGACUUGCAUGACUUGCCGCGGUCGUGUCCUGGUCGUGUGCUCGGCGUCUUCGUUAACGACGCCUCACAGGUUUAACCGCAUCUCCUUGACGCGGCUGCGAUGGACAUAAGAGGCGAGAGGCUGCUGACGCUCAUCCUGCUCACCCCGCUCCCGCUCACCACUCACCACCUUUACUGUAAACAUCACCCUCACCUCCCAACUCUUAACGAACCUCC